AUGUCUCAGCCUCGUACUAUUAAGGACUAUUUCAAGCGUCCGGCCUACGCACUUCCUUCCCCCAGCGUCAUCAUCCCCGCGCUCGGGCAACCCUCGUCACCACUGAGCGAUCCGCCCUCUGAUCUCCCUUCGCAUUUUCCAUCGUCCCAGCAAUUACCAGACCCCGUGGAGCCCCAGAUAAAUAGCAGUUCACAUGGUCCAGCCAGUCCCAACAGGACUGUGCCAACAUACAAUGGCGAUUUCACGUCCUUCCGUCCAAGCUCCUCCCUCAAUACCAGUUUCAACUCGUCGCAGCGGAUAGUCAAGAAUGGAAAGGAAGUCGUGAUCGACUCGGAUGCAGAUAGUGUCAGCUCCGAGGAGUUGGAAGAUCCCGAAGAGUUUUUGAAGAAGUUCCUAGGCAAGGCUUCGUCUCCGUCUCCGAAGCAAAUACCUGUCUCUCACGAUGUCAAACCAAAUACUGCUUCAAAACAACCCAACCGCAAACGCUACGAAUACCGCAAUUUUCGAGCAAAGUUUGGGCUCGACGAGAAGAAAUAUAAAUUCAGUAUGGAGUCAUUAGUGCAACGCGCUGUGGAUGAUGAUGAAAGCGAAAUGAAGGUAGCGAAAGCGAAGGCUCUGAUGGACAGCCAGAAUCAAACGACUUCAACAUCAGUCAACGGCUCUGGAAAUAAGAGUGGCGCAUCGAACCUGCGAGAAGAUAUAUUAGCAUCAGGAAUUUCCACUGAUAAUCCGGAGUCUGAUUUCAAAAGACUGCUCACUGCGGUCAAGCGCACGGAGGCCCUGGAACAAGAAAAGUCGUGGGUAUUCUUUAGAGACAACUCGAAGAAGCCGGAUCUUCCUGAGUUUCCGAGGGAUUCCAUCCUGCCUUCAUCUAGGGAAGCAUUUUUAAGAGAAUCAUUUACGCGCGAGAGGGCAUUUUUCUCGGGGAUUAUAGACUUUGCCCUGUCGAGAGACGUUCUACCUAAUGAGGUUUUGAUAUGGAUUUUUCAGUCCGUGCCGUUGGAGCCGCGAGAUGAACUGAGAUACGCUUAUUGCAGAGCAAUUAAGAGUGCCAAACGCGAGCGCAUAGAGUCACUUAUAGGACCUGAUGACAUAAACCGGAUUUUCUUUAGCCUUGGUGGCUACCCAACGGCAGUAGAUGCAAAAGAGCCCAUACAUCCAGAGAUGUCGUACAAUCAGGAGGAGACGCCUCACAAUUGGAGUUUUCUCCUAUCAGUCCUCCAGAUGCUCCGAGAGGUAGCCGAUUGUCUGCGUGCUGAUACAAAGCAACAUACGUUAAACAUUUUAUUUCGGUUGACUUUGGAUACUGCCUUCUCUCACAACGAUAUGGUCAUUGCAUCUUUAGAGGCAACAGUCAAUUAUCUUCUUCAGAGCAUACCACCUGAGCAGUUUGGGAAAGUUACACAACCGAUGAGCAAAACUCUGCUCAAAACGGUCAAAGACACGCAGUUCCAGAGCAAAUUGCUCAACCACAUACUACCCUCAAGUCAGGAAAUCGCAAUUUUCAAAUGCCGGUUGGCGAUGGCAUUUUUGACCAAGGAAGAGUCUCCACUUGACAACUUCAGCGAACAGAUCAUUUCUUUUAAACAAGUUCUCAAUUAUUUACGAACAGCACGCUUGGACUCUCAGCUGCAUAAAGCUCGAUUGGAACCUGACUACGAUUAUAUGGAAAUAAAGGCCAUCACAUCACUUCUCAACAUUGUCAUUGACACCGGCCGAACUACACUCGUCUUCCCUGACCAGGAAGCAGAACGUGAAUUCAACGCAGACGUUGAUAGUCUAGCAGAACAAGUGAAACGAAUCUUUAGCGCCAUGGAGGACUCCGGGGCAUCUCAUCUGAAGCGAACAGAGGCCAAACAGGGCCUCGAAGCUCUACAGUACCGAAUUCUAUACUCUAUCCGAACAAAGCGGCGGGUCAAGUCGAUGUUUGGACACAGCAGUCCGACGAAGAAGAUUAAUACCUGGGCGGUACCAAAGAAGACCGUCGAACAAUCCUAA